AUGGGAAUAAUACUCUGCGAUGAGUUUGACGAUAUAGAAGCGAACUAUCGACAAAAGCUGUUCAAUUUAAUCAGAGAAAGGGAUCAGCUGAAGGCGUUGCUGGAUCCAAGUACUAUUCCGGAGGUCCCCAAUCUACGAACUGCAUUAACGGAAGGAGUGCAGAUGCUGUCGCCGGAAACCACUCUUGUUUCAAACGAUGAGCGUUCGGCUGAUUCGCGAGUCAAAGAGCUCCAGAAGAUAGUUCAGCAGUUAACGGAAGAGAACACUCGUCUUGCACAGCUGAGAACAAUCGAGGAUACCAAAAUGGCGAAGGAGAUUGAAGAAUUAAGGAGACGGUGCAAGCUUCAAGAAAACCGAAUAUUUGAACUGGAGAAGAUUUGUGAUGAUGUGGACGAGUCGGAGAGUAAGCUCAGAAGGAGAAUUGUCGAGCUGGAGAAAAGAGAUUUCUGCUCAGAAAGUGUCCCCAAUGAAAACAAAAGUGACAAGCCUCUCCCCCCCCCCCUUCUUGAUUGCUCUUCAACACAGGAGGCACCAUACGUUUCAGCACCAACAUCACCUCAGUUGUUACAGAAAUCUCUCGAUCAAACGGAAGGUCCCAUGUAUGAGGUGAGUGGU